AUGUCGCCGUCUAACCCUACGGAGCAGAACGGAGUGGCGCCGAAACACCGUGCCUGUGAUGAAUGCCGUUCCCGAAAGCUGGCCUGCACCAAAGAGUCCGAUGGAUGUGCGAGAUGCAAGCGCGAGGGCAUUGCAUGCCACUACUCGCCCCAGAAGCAGAUGGGGCGGCCACGGAAACGUCCACGAGAGGAAUCCAACGAUAACGAUGCAGCUGCAUCCGCGGAGUUGGCCAACAAGACCCCCAUGAUCAACAUACCUCCCGACACGCCAGAUCCUGGCAUGGCUUUCCUCAGCUUUGUCGCUGGAGGCGAACUUGGUCUUGAUCAUGACCUCAGACUUGAUCAACCGAUGCCAAUGGGCAGCGGGUCGGACGAUACGCAGGCUGGGAAGGUCGACUGGCAGUUUGGGUACACGGGUAACGACUUUGAAGCACUGAACUUUGAUAAUGGCGCUGUGGACCACGCCCCUGCUUUCUCGUCGACCAACCUCGAUCCGGCAUUAUUCACCGUCGCCACAACCCCAGAUGCCCUCCCGAAUCUGUCGUCGGCCGGAUCGUCUAGUUCGGCCGAGACCGCUGGAUCUCCAGACUCAACCAACCAAAAGUGUGCUUGCACCGCAAGCCUGUACCUCGCCAUCGACUUGAUGCAGAAGCUGUCGUCCGAUGUGACAGAAGGCGUCCGGCAAGCCCGCCUGGCGGCUAAGACAGCAUACGAAGUUGUCAACUGCCCCGCAUGCGCUCUCGCUGCAGGACCGGCUACCCCAACUUUUCAUAUUACGGCCGCAGCCAUGCAAAACUUCCAAAACUUGAUGUUACUAGCCACUUUGAUCCCUAGUAUCGCUCACGCUUACGAGCGCAUCCUUACCUUAGUCGACAAGGAAACAGUCAGCGCCCAGGCCGACCGUCGCGAGAUUCCCUUCAAGCUCGAUGGCUACGGCGGCAUGUGGGGCGCUUUCAACAACGGCCCAUGUGCAGUAAGUGGCAUUUUAAACCACCGCCUGAUGGAACCAACACUAUGGCGGCGCACUGUGCGUAGCCUACUUCGCAUCGAUGUGUAUGGAAUGUCGAGCUGCGAUGCUAGCGGCUCUUUGACAGGUUCCGCCUCAACGCCGGAUCCUUUCCAUCUGGGACUCAAAGACAUUGUCAUCCAAAUGGAGAACAGAUCUAAGGCCCGGCAUGCGCUUCUUGACGCAAUGAUUCUGUCUGGCGCUUGGCAGGAGCCGAACUGCACACUUAAGUUGCACAAAACGGGCGAGACGCCGACGUGCCAGAGAAUCAUUGCCAUUGCGAGAACAGCGAUUGACAACCUGGUCAUUCCUUGA